UAUUAGGGUCGGGAUACACACACACACACAUACACACAAACACAGAAUCGAACUGUAAAUAAUUAUGAAUUAACGAAAUUUACGAAUCAUGGAGAAAAUAUAUAUUAUAUAUUAGAAAUGAAAUCCUGAAUUUGACAAAGUUCUCGGGUUAUAUCUGUUCAUUCUGUAAGCUCUUUACUGGAGAGGACAUAUAUCCAUAUCACUGCACAAAAUAUAGCAUCUGCCGCUAGGUCGAACAAUAUUUCUGUACAACUUACUUCGUUAGCUUGAUUUUCACAGAAACAGUGGUCAUGGGAUUAGAAGCCUUCUUUCGCCGUAGAGGUGAAGAGUACUAGCGCAAAGCUAGCAUCAGAGCGGAAUAAAACCUGAAACUGAAAGUAGCAGUAACAGAAAUUAUCUGUCAGAGAGCUCAGUUUUACAUUCUGGUUCCCUAAUCCUUCGCUAAAUUCCCUUUAAAAGUGCUUUUACAUGUCUAGUUUAGUGACAAAAUACUACCAACUAAUUAGCAAUUUAAAUCCAGUUAGCACACUUUUUUACCUUAUGUUCAUAUUUGGUCUUUUGGUUCAGCUUUUACAAAUACCGCUCCUUCCACUGCGAUAUGUGAAAAGUCUGUAUGGACAAAAGGCUUGAAGGAAGAGAUAAAUGUGGGCACGAUGAGUGCUGUAUUUGUUUGGAGGUAAUAACUUACUUCCUGAAUGACAGUAACUCUGCUAGAAGAAGUAUUGGUCGAGAGAUGUCGCCCUAAGUUUGUCUUCGUGACAGUCGCAAUUAAUUUGGCUUAAUUCAAAUGACACUUACAGACUCGCGUGGUACGUAUAUUUCUUGAGUCGAGAUUUGACAGCAGAAAAACAGAGUAAUUUUAAAAAAUAGUCUUUAGUUGGUCCUCUGUAUCCAAAUCCGUUGUGGAUUAAAUUUCCUUGUCAUCGUAGCCUCAACAUCUCUGGGUGUACAAAAGAUAAUCUCAGAUCAGGGCCAGGAAGAGACUAGCACGGCCUAGACAAAUGGAAAACAAAAAUAAGAGUGAAGAAGGAAGCUCGACCAGCAGUGGAAGAAAAAUCGUGAUUGUUGACAGUCGGCAGUGGCUGUGUGAACAUUAUCAGCAGCUUUGUCGGGUCAAAAUCCCAUCCUGCGGCAAGUUCUUUCCUUGUCAUCGUUGCAAUAACAGUUCGGGAUGUCCAAAUACUGAUGCCGUAGAAAGAGAGGCGUAUUGUGUUGAGUGCUCUGUUUGUGACCAUCAGCAAGAGGAGAGGGUUCUUGAGGCGGAAAGAAGGCUCAAAACAACCGCUUCUGUCGUGGAGUCACUAGACUCCACUCACAACAGCUUUCAGGCUUUGGUACAAGGUGUACGAGAUGCAAGACUGAGGAUCUCAGCCAGGAACACACAGUUUAGAAGAAGGUGGCACACAUGUGUUGGUCAAGGGGAGAGGGAUCUUGAAGCGGAAAGAAGGCUCAAAACAACCACUUGUGUCGUGGAGUCACUAGACUCCACUCACAACAGCUUUCAGGCUUUGGUACAAGGUGUACGAGAUGCAAGACUGAGGAUCUUAGCUAGGAACACAAAGUUUAGAAGAAGGUGGCACACAUGUGUUGGUCGAGAGAACUUGAUUUCUAUUUGAUACCAAAAGAAGCACAAGAAACCGGAAAAAAAUCAGUGACACUAUGUUGAACUCGUGGAUAUUCUGAACAGAUCAUAGUUAGAAUAUAGACAAUUUAGACUAAUUGUACUAAAAGCCAUAAAUGAUCCUUUGAUUCAAACAAGCAAAAUCGAGCCUCUAGUAACUAAAGAGGGUUUUGGUAGUCAGCCAGUGAUUCAGAGCGAUGAUUUAAAAAAUAUACAAAAAAUGUGCAGAAAUGUAAUCUGAAAAAGUGAAGACGACAACCCCCGAUGGCAUUGUGGGCAGUUUUCAAGUUACAGUUCCUUAACCUCAGGAUUUCGGGGAAAUUUGAGAAGACAUCACUGUAAGGAAGAGGCAUAGCGGGUUUGAUAUUUUUUUUUUACUUUGUUCGCAAGAUUGAAUUUCAAUGUUAAACUUGAUGAAGAAUAUAUAAAAAUGACGAUGCAGUUACCUAAAGAAAAAAAUGUUUACAACCUAGUUUUCUAGUUUUGUUCCUCUCGUAUUCACGUGCAUAUCGUUAUUUAUCCCCUCCUCAUUCACUCAAAUUCAUUUUUUUCACUUAUUAAAACUCACUGAUUACCUCAUACCAAGAUCAUCCGUCAAGAUUGUCGCGUGUACUUUGUCCGUUUUUCCGACAACCCUUCCGCAAAGAACCGUCUAUAUCUCCCUUGCGGUACUCUUAUUCAUUUCAAGUAGCUGUUUUCAUAGAGAGUUAAUGAGCUUUUGCCCAGGGCACGCGACAAGUUCUCUUUCAAUCGGAAAACAUAUUUGAGGAGUUAACAAGUUAGUUUGGGACUUCCCCCUUCCUUAAAAGCUACACCAACCAUAUGUUAUAUAUUUAAUAUCGUAUAAAGUGAGAGAGACAGAGCUAAAAAUUAUCAUACAGUGGAGAUGAGAACUGUGAAACUCAAUUGGGUGGCCCAUCCUGCUCUUUCAUGGGUUUAUUUUAUGUAUACUCUGUUGCACUUUCAACGAAAUAUUGCGUUUCUGAUUGGUUAAUGACGAAUCAAAAGCACCUCGAACGCUACAUUACUUGCCUCGUCACGACGUUAUAUUUUUGAUUGGUUCAUAUAAAACACGUGAACGUUAGGGAAACUAGUGAGUCUUUCUUGACGCACGUAAGGAGUAAAUUUGCAUAGUAUACAGUAAAUAAAAAUAGACAGUCAAAGACUGUAUGUGACUAAUGGUAAAGCACAAUUUUUUAUGGCAUUGAAAAGAACUAGAGGUUGUAUAAUAAUGAUAGGAAGUAGAGUUGAUUGGUAGAUACUUUGAAAUAAUAGCUAAAUAAUAUUCCAAGAAAGCGACAAAACUUUUGAGUCUGUAAUACCUGUUUCGACAGAAACUUCUGUCAUCUUUAGUUAAUUACUGUACAAAACGUUGGAAGUUGAAUUAAUUAGCAAGUAGAACAAUGUUAACUAUGAUAAAUAGUAAUAACAAGAAAAGAGGUAAAGCAUGAAAAUGUGAGAAUUAAAAGGAUAGUUUUAGAUUUA